GGUUUUUUUUUCCAAUCAACCGUGCUUCCACCUGUACAGUAACGGAAGACUGGUAACCAACCCUUCUUCAUUACUCCUACUACUCGCCUCCAUCCACCUCCCUUUCCCAGUAAAUUCAAAACCUUAUCAUUGUUAUAAUAAGGUCGUCGGGCCCGGGCCGUGAUCGAAGUCUCUAGAUCUCUUUCUAUGAGACACUGAUUUUUCCUCUUCGAGCACCCACCGACUAAUUUGCCUUACCGAGCCCUGGACUUGGAUACUACCUACGUACUACCAUCCCCCCCACUCGAACGUUGGUACUCGAAGCCCCAUUUUCCGGAGUCCGCCAGUACAUAUGAUGCCUGCUGGCAGGUCAGCUGGAUCUAGUCGUGAAGACGACACACAGUCAUUGACUGCCAGCGUAACGGACUACCCCGUGGAGCAUGGAAGACGAUACCACAAGUAUCAUGAGGGCGCAUACUUGUACCCGAACGACGAGCAAGAACUGGACCGUAUGGACAUGCAACAUCAUAUGCUCAAACUUGUGAACAACGGGCGGAUGCUAUUUGCUCCAGCCCAAAGUCCAAAGAGGAUCCUAGAUAUCGGCACUGGCUCCGGUAUAUGGCCCAUAGAAUUGGCAUCCGAAUUUCCAGCAGCCGAGAUCAUUGGAACCGACCUGUCGCCUGUCCAACCGAACGAAGUUCCAGAGAACGUCCACUUCCUCGUCGAUGAUGCUACAGAAGAUGACUGGCUAUGGGGCCCCAAUCACUUCGAUGUCAUUCAUGCUGGACACCUUUCGGGGUCCCUGCCGUCGUACAAAGACUUGUUGCGGAAAGUCUUCAAGUAUCUCAAGCCAGGCGGCUACGUUCAAUGUGAUGAGUUCGACCCGAAGCCAAAAUGCGAUGACGAAACGAUGCCUCCAGAAGAUCCCGAUAAGUUCAGCGAUUAUGCCCUCCAAGAUCUGAUGGACUUGCAAAUCCGUUCAGGCCAGGUUUCAGAUCCGCCACGGCAGUUUCGAGUGGCACACCGAUUUGCACGUUGGAUGAGAGAAGUCGGCUUCGAGGAUGUUCAGGAGCGUAUCUGCAAAGUCCCCGUGAACCCAUGGUCUACUGAUUCACAUCUGAGAACCAUCGGUUCGUGGCACGAGGCAAACCUGCUGGAAGCCAUAGCGGGAUGGUCUUACAAGCCGCUCACGAUCUUAGGCUGGUCAAAGCCUGAGAUUGAAGUCUUUCUUGUCGAUGUACGAAAAGCUAUCCAGAACCGAGCCGUGCACGCCUACAUGGACUACUACGUGGUAACCGGAAGAAAACCACGCACUGCGAAUGAGGACUUUCUAGCCUCUGCGUUUCAGCGAUUCGCAAACGGCCAACGACGCUACGAGAGCCGAGUCCCGGGACCAUUGGAGGCCAGGCGACGACUCGCGAAGCGGAGGAAUACUGCAUUGGCUGGAAUAGCUGGUACGGGACCGCUGGACGAUAUCGCUUGUUUGUUUGGGCGGAAUGGUCGGGAGCAUCUGAAGUGGACUGACGGCCGGAAGGCACCACGGGAAGCGAAGGGCUCGGAUUUUUACCAAUUGAGUACUCCGCCUCCGCCUCCGGCGGUUUACAGCGAGAAUGUCGACCCGGACGAGUCCAGCAAGCCGCCUGGUUGGCCGGACCGGGCUGACGAGGUAUCGCGCGAUAAAUACUUGAAGAGGCGUCUGAGGGAGUGCCGCACGGUUUCAUCUGUUAAGAGGGUGGUUCGCCAAUUGGACAGUGAUCUCUUACGAGAGCCGGGUUACAGCCGUCUUAUAUUCGAUCAUUUAUUGUCGUGUUCAGUGCGGGGGGAAUCCGGUAUCGAAGAGCUUCUAUCGUUUCUAGACGAUCCGCACCUAAAUAUUCGAGGCGCAAGGAAUUACCUUACCGCGGUGGAGCAUGUCGUUUUACGUGGGACAAGCCAUGCAAACCGGCACACACUCUUCGAUAACGUCAUUCAAGCUCUGGAGCUCGGGCUGAUUCCUCCCGAGGAACUGUGCGCCAUAAUAGAGACACUUUCGAAAUUGGCACCGACAAAGGGUGGGAAAGGAAGACAGCCACUAUACAGUGUGUCAAAAAUGUACCAGGCUAUGUGGGACGCGAUCGGACGGUGUGAUAUCUACGGGCACAAUGACCUAGAUGAGGGGUUAGUCGACGCGUGGCUCGGAGCUAUGUGGGAACGAAAUAUGUGUGAAGAUUUGCCCUUGGCGAAAAGCAUACUUGUGGCCGCUCAAAAUCUGGAGUCGGCUUCCUGCUCGUGGACGACCCUGUUCAUCUCGCGUUGGCUGGAACUUCCCAAGAGACUGCAAGUCGAAAUCGACGAAGCAUAUGCAAGCGGAAUACUGAGCAGCUUCAAGCCGAAUGUCGCAGCUGCUGCCAUUAUAUCGACCACGGAAUUCUUAAGGUCUUCCAACAAGACAGAUCUGUUUGGGCGGUGGCACAGCUGCUUGUCUCAGAUCCAAGAGAGUCGAAGUCUCGUUUCAUCAGAGACUUGGAUUGAUAUCCAAUCACCGCGUGAAGUCCCUGAAUCAAGUUACUCUCCGCAACACCAAAUAAUAUUACGUCUUUGGGCCUUACGGAUCCUCAGCAGAAGUCUUCCAGAUGGGCCUCUGUGGAAGAAGGACGUGAGAGCCACCGAUGUACCUAUGACACGCCUAUUGAGCCUCUAUGAAGUGCUCAGGAAGGAUGCGGAUGAGCACGACUUGUUGAGCAGCCUGAUGAAGGGAAUCCACGACCUGAGCAUGCCUGCCAAUGGCCUGCUUAUGCUGGCCGUUGAUAUGAAAGCUCGGAAUUCAAUCACUAGAUCGACCCGUCAGACCUUAACAAAAUCAGAGUCAUCGAAGAUCUCAUUCGCAGACGCAUUUGCCGAUCUAGACACCUACAAUUCCAUGGCGCCUCAUUUCUUCUCUAAGUUUGAGAAAACGGUCCGGCAAAUCGACAUUACAUCUCCCGAGUUCAUCGAGCACGGCCUCGACCUCGCCAGAACCGGAGACUCGAAAAGCGUCUGGACGCUAAUCCGUCUCCUUCGCUCUCACACCCCUCUCAAAAUCGCCCUGUCAAAGUCAUGGGUGCCCGUUCCCGACGCCUCAGAAAAGGCGCUGGUGCGCUACUACCCGGAGCCUCGAACCAGCGACUGCCCCGACCCACAUGCAGCCCUCGAGAUGAUCCAUCUUCUCGCCGUCUCUCUUGCGUGUUCGAAGCGCCUGACUCCGCGUCGCUCCUACAGCCUCGUUCAUUGGCUGUACGUCUUCCUUGUGAGACAUAACGCGCCUGUGAAACCCGCUCUGGCACGCGCGAUGUACCACGCCGGUGUUGAACGCUUCCGACGACAGGGACUCCGCGUGGCUCCGACGCAAUAUGCGUACAUCUUCGAUGUGGUGGAGGAGGUCGAAGGGCCUGAUGUUGCUGCUGAUCUUAUGGAUCCGCCCCGCAUGAGGGAUAGAUUUUCUAGACACGACGAUGAGGAGGAGCAUCACUCCGAUUAA